AUGAGCGAGAGGCAGAGGGCCUUGCUCUGGGACCGUUUGGGGCGCGACGAGGAGGGGGUUGAGUUGCAUCCAUUGCCAAAGGGACACGCCUUCAGAGCCGAGCAAGACGCGCUGGCGCACUAUAGCUUUCCGGGGUGGGAGCAAAAGCGAGGCCUGCCACAAUACAGCAGCUUUGAGCACUCGGAUGGUCGUAGUCGAAGCUCGGAAGAGUUCAAGUGUGCGACGGGAAAGUCUAUUACGGAUUGGGACUCUGAGAACGUCCCCGGCCUCGUGAAGGGGGGAGGGAAAGGAGGCAAGAAGGGGGGCGCUGCAAAGCGGCCCACUCGAAGCAGGGGUGUGUUCGUGUUCUGCUGUCCACAUCGGGUGAUCUACGGCUUCCAUGUCAUGCUUCGAGGCGAAAGCCCACGGGACCCAUUUGCGGUUCUGUACACGCGAUUGAGGCGCGAGGAUCUCCCGGAGGUGGUGGUCUACGACAACGCGUGCGCCCUUCGCAACUAUUGUAUGAGACGCGCACCGGCGCACUUUGCAAAUGUACGGUUCGUGGUGGACAGGUUUCACUACGCAAAGGCAGGCGCCGAGGUCCACAAGUGUGGGCCAAGCAACUCCGCGGACAGCUACGACUCGCUUCGCUGGGUCAACACAUCGGCCGUGGAGUCUGUCAACUCCUUUCUGAAGGGGUUUCGGUCUCUCGGCUGGUACUCGGGGCUUGAAAGCUUUAUGGUGAUCCUCCCGCUUCUCCUCGAUGCCUACAAUGCUGGGCUGAAGCGGGUGGAUGAUGCAAAGCUAGGCGUGGGAAUUGCUGCGAGUGCAUGUGUGGUCGAUUGCAAUCUGUGCGGUGCUGCUCCGGGGAUAGGUAGGUGCGGCCACGGAAGAUGGUCGAUUUGA